CUUUUGUUCUUCAAAUUGCGUCUUUUCUUCGUCUAAGUGUUCAGUCAUCACACUCAUUAAAAAUGCAUCGCAUUCCAAGUACCAUGAUGUCAUUGGCAAGAUCUGCCAGCAUUAAAAUGAACAGCAAACUGCCUGCAGCAUUGAUGGUGCCUGCAAACAGGAGUUAUGCAAAGGAUGUAAGGUUUGGAGCAGAAGGAAGACACAUGAUGUUGCAGGGUGUCGACACUCUGGCUGAUGCUGUUGCUGCUACCAUGGGACCUAAGGGAAGAAAUGUAAUAAUCGAACAAAGCUGGGGCAGUCCAAAAAUCACAAAAGAUGGAGUCACUGUUGCCAAAGCAAUUGACUUGAAAGACAAAUUCCAAAACCUUGGGGCCAAAUUAGUGCAAGAGGUAGCAAACCGAACCAAUGAGGAAGCUGGUGAUGGUACUACAGCUGCCACCAUCCUUGCCAGGGCAUUUGCUAAGGAAGGAUUUGAGAAGAUAAGCAAAGGAGCUAAUCCAAUUGAAAUAAGGAGAGGCGUCAUGUUGACAGUAGAAGCAGUCGUAGACAGGCUGAAACAAAUGUCUAAGAAAGUAACUACACCUGAAGAAAUUGCUCAAGUAGCCACUAUUUCAUCAAAUGGCGACAAAUCGAUCGGCACAAUAAUUUCAGACGCCAUGAAGAAAGUUGGCAAAGACGGUACUAUCACCGUUAAGGAUGGCAAGACGUUGAAAGAUGAAUUGGAUGUGAUAGAGGGCAUGAAAUUCGAUCGCGGUUACAUAUCCCCAUAUUUCAUGAACACUGCUAAAGGAGCCAAAUGUGAAUUUCAAGAUGCCCUAAUCCUGUUCAGCGAGAAGAAAAUCUCUAGUGCCCAGUCCAUCAUACCAGCUCUUGAACUUGCAAACACUCAGAGGAAGCCCAUCGUUAUCAUUGCUGAAGAUGUCGAUGGAGAGGCCCUGUCGACUCUUGUGCUUAACAGAAUUAAAGUUGGUCUUCAAGUUUGUGCAGUCAAAGCUCCAGGAUUUGGAGACAACAGGAAGAAUACAUUGAAGGAUAUGGCUAUUGCUACUGGUGGAAUUGUGUUUGGAGAUGAGGCCGAUAUGUACAAGAUUGAAGAUGUUCAGAUUCAGGAUUUGGGUAAGGUCGGUGAGGUCACCAUAACUAAAGAUGAUACACUGUUGAUGAAGGGCAAAGGUGAGAAGGCAGAAAUAGAGAAGCGAGUGAAUGAACUGAGGGAAGAAAUAAAAGAGACGACGUCUGAUUACGAGAAAGAAAAAUUGACAGAAAGACUGUCAAAAUUGUCCACCGGUGUUGCUGUCAUCAAAGUAGGUGGCAGUAGUGAGGUGGAGGUGAAUGAAAAGAAGGACAGAUACACAGAUGCCCUAAAUGCCACAAGGGCUGCGGUAGAAGAGGGCAUCGUCCCCGGUGGCGGUGUGGCCCUCAUCAGAUGCCUGGACAGCCUUGGUGAUAUUAAAUAUGACAAUCCUGAUCAGCAAAUUGGAGGUGAUAUCGUCCGAAAAGCCCUGCGAAUUCCAUGCCACACGAUAGCCCAGAACGCUGGAGUGGAUGCACAGGAGAUAGUAACAAAGGUGAUGCAAGAGAAGGGGGAUUUUGGUUACGACGCCCUCAAUGGCAAGUUCGUUGACAUGAUCAAAGCUGGUAUCAUAGAUCCUACAAAGGUAGUAAGAACAUCCUUAUUAGAUGCAGCCAGUGUAGCUUCAUUACUAACGACAGCGGAAGUUGUGGUAGCUGAACUUCCUAAGGAAGAGAAGGCAGGCCCUGACGCCGGCAUGGGAGGAAUGGGUGGCAUGGGAGGAAUGGGUGGAAUGGGGUAUUAGGUAGCUGAUUGGAUGGGUGGACUUUGUCGUUGGGUAAUCUGUUUUUUGAUUGGUUGAUUGACUGUGUGUUGUUUGGUUUCUUUUUUUGUUGCUGUCUACCUGUCUGUCUGUCCAUGAUGCAGAUGUUAAUGUUACAUAUUUGUAAUUUCAUCAUCGUACGUGGUUUAAUGUAAUGCUAUGGUUAUGCAUUGUGAUGUGGUGCGAUGCGUUGGUUAUGUAAUGCGUGACCCAGGUGGAUUCGUUAAAAUAAAUUUAUAGAUCACUACUAGCACUACUAAAUGUGUUUGCUCUUUUUUUUAAAUUUUUAUUUUUGUUAAAAAAUUCUGUUUAUGUCGUUACAAAGAAAGUAUUUUUUUUUUGGUUUCGUUUUGUAUGUACAUAGGAGUUUGUUUCUUGGCUUGUUCAGUUUGUUUGCUGUUGGCAAUGUCGGCGUUGGAAGGUUUUAUAUAAUUUGUUGGAAAGCUAAAAUAUUUUAUUUCAUGUCGUUAAUUUGUUUUUUAUUUAUCAUUAUAGAUAUAUUAUUGAUGAAUUCAUUUGGUUAUUUUCCUUUGUUAUAGCUUUAUAAUUGGAUCUGUAUUGAGGGCGUUGACAUUUGUUAAUGAUGUUGUUAGUCAAAAUUGUGACAAUGGCGUGAUGAUGUUAACAAAUGCAUAAUUAAUGGAUUGAUAAUUAUUGGCUUUAUAAAAUGUUUUUUGAUAUGAGUUUGUUUUUAGUACAACUGUUUGAUCAUGUUUGUUGUUGUUGUUGUUAAUGUUUAGUUUUAUAAUAAAUUUUCUUGUUUUUUGGGUCAGUUCCUUCGUUUAAUAACAGAUUUUAAUAAAAAUUCAAAUC